GCAGUGGAAUUCCAAACUAAACUUGUUCAUUUAGUUUAUGGCAAAAUGCAUUCAGUUUAUUGGGUCAUUGCAGUUCUCCUGGCAGUUGGCUCAUCUGAGAUUUGUUAUGCAGGACCUCUCCAUGCUCAGUGCAAAGUAGAAUGGUACUUUGGGAUACCAUGUCAGGUAGUUUAUGAAUCCCUGGUUUCACAGAUUAAGAAAUGGGAAACCAUGGCUAGCUGCACUAUGGGAGGAGAAAAGUGCCUGUACAAGUUGCACUCUGCCUCAGUUCACUUCAUAUCUGCCAAGCACACUACUCCCUUUAAGAAGAAUGUGUAUGACAUUAACUUUCGACUGGUCUCCUUUCACUUCUACACUUGCUGUCAUGUUUCGGGCAUGUCUAUCUCUGAAACCUGGUAUGCCAUUAAAGACCAUGGCACCAACUACUGCAACCUUUAUAACCUGAUUGAAGGGGUCCCCAAUCCCAGUCCACGAAGGCCGGUGUCCGUCCCUGCAGAUUUUAGAUCUCACCCUGGGUCAACACACCUGAAUCACAUGAUUAGCUCAUUGCCAGGCCUCUGGAGAACUUCAAGACAUGCUGAGAAGGAAGUGGUCUAACUGAAUCCAGGGGUUAUAAAGAGGUCACCAGUGACUUCCUGUGCACCCAGCGUUCCUCUGCUAAUUGUACUGUCUACUGACUGAAUAUUUACAAUAAACAGAGAUCAUCACUGUGAAGCAAGGACAAUCACCCAGUUUUGAUCUUCUUAGUUAUUGACAACAAAAAGAACUCAUUUGCAGAUUGUAUAAGAAUCUAUACAGUGUGCCCUUACCUGUUUGCUACUGUUGAAAAGGAGGAUUUUAAUUAUCUGUAACUCUUAUACAAUUUAUGUAUAGCACGCAUUUAGAUGUUCAGUUUAUUCAAGUAUAGUUUUAAUGGACCCUGUUUAAACAUGAGCAAAGGCUGGCACCUGGGUUAAAUAUUUUUUAUUUAGCUUUUAAUGCAUAUGGCAUGCUUCCAAAUGUUUCAGAAUGAAGUCUUGCUUUAGUAAUAAAGGAUUUAUAUAUAAAAUAAUAGUCAAUAUAA